UAAAAUAAUUUAGACAAUUCUGAUUUUUGUUAUUGACUGUGGAGCGGACAUAAUUUGUCACUGCAUCAGGUGGGGCUUGUCUUUUAUGAGCUUAUAAUAUUCAAGGAGAACUGAAAGUGUUAAGUGAGGAUUUGAUUUAAAAUUACCAUAUAAUCCCAGGAGGCUUGGUGGCAUAGUGGUUAAGAGAUUAACUGCUAACCAUAAGGCUGGCAGUAUGAAUCCAGCUGCUCCUUGGAAACCCUAUGGGGCACUUCAAUCUGUCCUAUAGAGUCACUACGUGUCAAAAUUGUCUUGAUGGCAAUGAAUUUUUAUGCAAUCCCUAAAUCUCAUCUUAUAUAUUCAUAAAUACAAAAAACUAGACUCAAGACCUUAAAUAAAUAAAAUUCGGUUCAGUAGUUUUUCUUAAGAAAAUUUAAAAAAAUAGCAUGUUUUAAAAUUUUGGUUUAGCAUUUAUUAGUUAAUAAACACAUAGAUUCUGAAAGAGACAUCUUUUCCAGUCUUAGCAAAGGAUAGUUGACUAAGCUUCCUGUAUUGUUCCUAUGUUUGUUUGUUUAUUUAUUUAUUUAUUUAUUUCCAGGACUGACUUUUAGAUUUCAAUGAACUGAAGCCAUGUUAGUGCCAGAGAGAAAUAGAAGCACAGCCACGUUCACCCUUUUAGGCUUCUCAGAUUGCCCAGAACUGCAGCUUCCCCUUUUCCUGGUUUUUCUGGCCAUCUACAGUGUCACUGUUGUAGGGAAUCUUGGGAUGAUUGUAAUCAUCAAAAUUAACCCCAAACUUCACAUCCCCAUGUACUUUUUCCUCAGCCACCUCUCAUUUGUGGAUUUCUGCUCUUCCUCGAUCAUUGCUGCCAAAAUGCUGGGGAACCUAGUUGCAGAAGACAGAAGCAUUUCAUUUUUAGGAUGUGUAGUACAAUUCUUUUUGUUUUGUACCUUUGUGGUGACUGAAAUCUUUUUAUUAGCUGUAAUGGCCUAUGACCGUUUAGUGGCCAUUUGCAACUCUCUGCUGUACACAGUUGCCAUGUCCCAGAGACUCUGUGUUAUGCUGGUGUCAGGAUCAUAUACUUGGGGAGUAGGGUGUUCCUUGAUGCUCACAUGCUUUGCUUUGAAAUUAUCUUUUCAUGGUUCCAACACAAUCAGUCACUUCCUCUGCGAGUUCUCCUCGCUUCUCUCCCUUUCCUGCUCUGAUACUUCUCUCAGCCUGUUGUUGCUUUUCAUCUUUGCUACUUUUAAUAUGGUGAGUACAUUACUCAUCAUUCUCACUUCUUAUGUGUUUAUUGUUGUCACCAUUUUGAAAAUGAGUUCAGCCAGUGGGCGUUGUAAGGCAUUCUCUACCUGUGCCUCUCAUCUGACUGCCAUCACCAUCUUCCAUGGCACCAUCCUCUUCCUCUACUGUGUGCCCAACUCCAAAAACUCCAGGCACACCAUCAAAGUUGCCUCUGUGUUUUACACAGUGGUGAUCCCCAUGUUAAAUCCCUUGAUCUACAGUCUGAGGAAUAAGGAUGUCAAGAAUACAGUCAGCAAGUUAAUGGACACUAGAGUCUUUUCUCAUUGAGCAUAUUAUUUUAGUAGAAUUUGUCCCUAACCUUUAAAUAAAGUGUGUCCAAAAAGGCCAUUUUAGAAGAUACAUUUAAGAUUAAUACUUAAUUUUGCACAAUGGCAAGUACGUGGAUAUUGUUUCAAAGAGACUAAAUUUGGCUUUGUCUCUUCAUUGCAGGAAAAGUUCAGCAUCUCUCUCAUCUUUAGUUUUAAACCUAUGCAAAUUGUAAGAACAUUAACUGGUUCAUAAUCUGAUAGUGAGGAACAAAAGAUAAUAUAGAUAUGUGGGGCACCUUGCAUAAUCUGAAUAAACAUUAAUUUCAUCCCACUUUCUCAUUAAGUACUUGAAAUAUAGUAGUUUCUCAGUAAACACACAUUUUUUGAUGACAUAUCUACAAAUGGCAGUAAAGGUAAGACAUAGGCUUUGUCCUCAAGGAAUGCAUAAUUUGGUGGUAAUGCUGGCGCAAUAAAGAACGGGGCUGUUGUAAAAGGCAGGCUAGAAGAAAUAUCUUAAAAGUUUUGAGCAAGGAAUAGUUCAAAUGCACUUAGAGACAUUAGAAAUAAUCUUCAUAAAAGAGGUAUUAUUUGAAGUUGGCCUGGAGAAUGGGCAGGAUUUUAGGAGACACAUUUCAGUGAAGAAGGCAUCUUAUUCAGGAGAGAAUGGAAUAAACAAUCUCGAGGAAAUAAGAAUGUAACAUUGAGUCAGUCAAUUAUUAUCGAGUGAAUACUGUGUAAUGUAUGUGUGUGCUUGCACCCGUGUGUUCGUGUGUAGUAUGUUAUAUUCAGGUUAUUUUGGCAUGACUGCAAAGUUGAAUAAAUAUUGUCUAUACCCUGACCGUGUUUUCAAAAGAGCUCCGGCGUGACAGAAUGAUAAGUUUGAUAGGCUGCACCACAGGCUUAGAAAUGGAUCUCAGAAAACCAUUAUAUGCAAAAAGUAGCGACAUCAAGUG